AUGAAUGCUUCCUGGCAACAAAAGAAUCUAACAGAAUACUGCAAAUCCAAGGGUAUAAUUGUAACUGCAUAUUCUCCUUUGGGAGCAAGAGGAACCUUUUGGGAUAGUAACGAUGUUAUGGGUAGUGAAUUGCUCAAGGACGUUGCACAAGCUCAUGGGAAAACUGUUGCUCAGGUGAGCCUUAGGUGGUUGUACGAACAGGAUGUAACUUUUGCGGUGAAGAGCUAUAAUAAAGAGAGAAUGAAAGAAAACUUAGAAAUAUUUGAUUUUUCACUUACCAAUGAUGACUAUCAAAAGAUUAAUCAAAUCAAACAGACGCGGAAAGGAAGUAAUGGUCCAACUACACUUGUUAUAGUUGACCUAUUUGAUGGAGAAAAUUAGAUAUGUAUUCACAACAAAUCAUUCGUACUUUAGUUUAAGUUUCAGCAUUUUUAUUGCUACAAUAAAUCCACCUUCUCAUCCAGUUUCAAAGACUUGUACUAGUUUUGGGAUGCAUGGUGCUUUAUUAGUUUUUGUUGUACUAGUAAAAUUAAAUAACUGAAAUUGAAAUAAUUAUUUUGAUGAUUUUA